AUACAGUUAUAUUUAAAUAGUGCAUCGUUGUGCAAGGGAGAACAAUGCGGAUAGUUUUUUAAUCAAAAGUUAGAACCUAUGGUAGAACUAUGUUUUCUCGGCAAAAAUGUUUCAAAACUGGGGUGUAUCGCACAAAUGGAUUAGUGAACAACUGGAAAUUCAGAAUAACUUUGAAGAAAAUCUACUCCCUGAUCGAAAUUCCCCAAUUCGAUCAAUCUAAUGAGGCAAACCUGUUCGACGAACCAUCGGGCAAUGCGGAGGAACAGCUGGAAAUCAUCUGGCAGGGAAAGGUGUUCAGUCAGUACGAAAUCGAGUACUACGGCGUUCGUGAGAACUGCAGCACUGAUUUGCAAAAGAGCUACCACAAUACAAUUAAAUCCAGUGGCUUGGCUGAUCGUGAAAAUCGGGGGAAAAUCUUCACUUACACAACGGCCGAUAACUACGCUCCGGACGACGAGCUUUCCAUGGCCAUCCAAAUAAGUCGAACGCGUGUUGAGCAGGAAGAUGAUUUUGAAAGCAUGUUCAUUAUGGCCGAUUUGGCAUCGGAAGUGGUUCUGUUCACCAUUAGAUGGAAUUCCAAAGAAAAUAUGCUGCUCGUGUAUCCGGACUUCAACAGCAUGGCCGUAAAUCCGUACUACAAGGAAAUUCAAGGUGACAGCCGGCAGAUGUAUCACUUUGGAAUUCAGAAUCUCAGCAGUGCGUUGAAACGUUCGGUGUCGCGGGAGACCGUUCAAAUUCAAGACGCUCUUAUGGCUAAGCUAACUCGACUAACGCUUCGUGAAGAACUGUCCAAAGACAACUUCUCCUAUCCCGAAAAUCACCAGUUGCAAUUUCUAGUGCUACUGGAGGUGAUUUCGGGGGAAAAUUUCUCCUACGACAACACCCACGUAAGGUUCACAUUUGACCUACCAGUCGAGACAAAGAUUAUCAAUGGUUUUAUCGAUGGAUGUACGCACAGCAGUUGGGAAACCGAUGGAAGGUGGCAAUAUUCGCAUUGCCAUGAGUUGAUGUUGAAAACUCCGGAAAAUUUUGACAUUGGAGAUAGCAUUAAAGUUUACUUUGAAGUUAUAUCCAUCGAUGCUUGGAAACGCGAACGUUUACUGGGCAAUGCAUUUCUCUGUAUACCGCUCAAAUCUCAAGUGUUGGAGACAUCGUUGAAGUGUGUCAAAGUCGAGAACAAUAAAAGCUUUUACGAUAAGUUGGAAGCAUUUCUGGUUGGAGGCCGAAGGAAAGUCAAUCUCAAGGAAUUCUUCGGACAGAACGAUUCGACGGUGCUCAAUCGCUACGGAAGCCGUACCGAGAUGGCAGGGACACUCGACAUCAAAUGCCAAAUAAUUCAGCAGCAUAGGCCUCAAAUUGUUCAGCUUACGGGAAUGGGCACGAAGAAGCAUAGCAAGUUCCGAGCAAAUGUGGUUACAAUCGAGGAGCUGUUGAAUUCGUAUCAAAGAGCCCGGGAGAGGUUAGAGGAAGUGGUGAAUCUUAAAUAUUAACAAAGAUAAUUAACAAAAACGAAUCUACCUA